AUGGAAGUAGCUGCACGAAGCCCAUUCGCUGCAAUUGGGCAGCGAACAGUGUGGAUGCACCAGCGCCAUAGGCGAAGGCUGCGUAGCUGGGCACCUGUUGCGCUCGUCCUGGGCUUUGCCGGCAUUGGCCAUGUCGCGGUGGCGCUGUCCUUUCUGGGAAACCCCUUCCGAAGCCCAGGCUCACCGUCUGCGCCUACACCUGCGGUGGCCAAGGAUGACCCAGCCAGUGUCCAACAGUUUGCAUCAGCAGAUCGGCAAGAACUUCUAGCCGAGAUGGAGAGGCAGUGGGCCGUUCUCCACGACCGUCUGCAGGAUGGCAUUUACCCUGCAGUUAUCGACGACCCGUAUUUCACCAUUGACAUUCAAGGGCUUCUCCGUAGAUAUCUCGUGGCGGCGCAGUUCGACGCCAAGGAAGCGAUCGUGCGGUUGGAGGCCACUGCCAUCUGGCGUCGCGAUUGGAACGUCCUCGAGUACUACAGGACGGGUGCUGCUGCGGAGCUUUUCUCUGAAAGCACAAACCCUGGUGCGGAGAUGUAUUUUGCUGACUCCCUCAUGGAGGACCGGGACGGCCGCCCGUACGCCGCUGGUCGCCUGCGCUUCGCCAACGCGGAGAACAUGCAUCCGUGGCACCACCUGCGAGCAGGAGUCUUCGUUUUCGAGCUCAUGGCGGCCAAGGUUGCGAAGAAGGGCCGAGGCCCUGGUGCCUACAUCUUGGACAUCGGAAGUAUAGGACGAGCUGGCAACGUCAGCGGAACGGCCGGGCUUGACAAAACCUACAACGAGGCCCUGAAUCCCUACUACGCUGCCGGGGCCGGGUCCAAGGAUGCGCCUUCGAAGGAAAUCUUGGAGGAGCUGGGCAGCCUUGACAACGGCUUCGCCGUGUUGAAGGCAGCGAUCGCAAUCCUGAAUCGCCACUAUCCUGGCAUCAUUGGCAAGGUAUUCUACCUCAAUAGUGACAUGGUUUUCUGGGGAGCAUUCAAAAUCUUCUCCCGCUGGAUCGCUGAUCGUGGACACAUUGACUUCAAAUUUCUGGGUCCACACGGGUGGCGGGAGGAGCCGAUUUCAAGGCUCUUGGACACCUUCGCCCCGGAGCAGCUCUUCGAAGAGUGGGGCGGCACCGGCCCUCGGCUCAACGGCGAUGAGUUCUUGGCUCGGGCGAUCGAGCGCCCCCCGGCCGGCCUUGUUUGUCGUAGAAGCCGAGCUCCUAUAGUGGUGCAGAGUGCAGCUAUCGAGAAAGGCUACCACGAACUGGUGAUGGUGAGGUGGGGUCCAGUGGAGUAUCACCAUGUGGAGGCUUUCGAGGGUGUCUGGCAUCCGGACCCAGAAGAUAUAGCGAUGAACAUUGUUCCGGAAGUGGAUAUGGCAGAUGCAAAGCCACCAACAAGACCGGCACAAGUGUGUGGCAUCACGGUGUAUUCCGUCUGGGACAUCUUCCUGGCCCAUAUGUGUGCAGGUUCAAAGGGACAGCCGGGCAAAAGAUGUCGAUAUGUGGAAGAAGAUCUUGCAGAAAUCGGCUGUGUCUUCUAG